AUGGCCACUGUGUGUGGGCCUUAUUAUACAUCUAAUGUCUCUGGCGGCAAGAGUACGCGGUUCAGCAGUCCAGAACUAAUAAUAACCUCCAUCUCUGACAUGAGACCACUCCUCAAAAGCAGAGAGGAGGCAAAUAGGGAACUAGCAGCGCAAUCCGAACAAUCUGAGGAUGAAAUAUCAGUUCCUUCUACAAGAUCUUCAUCUAGUAGGUCCAAAAAGCCAAGUCGACUGGACAAAUUGGAACAAGGCCAGCGUAAAUUGGAAAAUAUGCUGGAACAAUUUAUUAAGAGUUUUCAACCAGAAGAUCACUCGUAUUCGGGCUCGGAGAAGGUCUCAACUUCCCCAGACCCAUCAGAAGAUGAGAAAAAUGCCCCUCAGCUUUCAGUGUCAUCACCAAAGCCUUGCGAACCUUCAACAUCUUUAGUAAAUGAAGACUUCGACUGGACACCUACUACAAGACAACAAGAACCUCUGAUACCAACCCCGAGCCAGCACAUUGCCACACAGGGUACUGAGUGUCAACGUUUAGGCGAUAUAUCAUUUAGUCAGAUUCGAUACGCUGAGGUUCAGAAGAAAUUGCAUGCUAGCCCGGUCUUCGGUUCUUUAAAGGUCAACCCUAUCCUCACGACCUAUGGACCAAUCCAAUCAAGAUCAAUUGGUUCGAAUGGACUACACUCUGGGCACAAUUUCCCAUGCGGGGGGGCGACUCUUGCAAUUUGUAGAGGUCUGGAAGAGAGAAGGCGCACCAUUAAGCAUCUUACAAAUAAUAAAAGGAUACACUAUCCCCUUUGUCAAAAAGCCCCCGCUAAUGCCUUUUCACCCGAAGAUACUUACAAAGUUCGAAACAAAAAAUUUAGAUUCAGAGAUCCGGACCCUAAUACAGCAGAAGGUAAUAGAAAAUUCCUCGAUUCAGACAGGUUUCUUGUCAACUAUGUUUCCAGUUCCAAAACACAACGGCAAAGUACGACCGAUAAUCAAUCUGAAAGGCCUAAACAGAUACUUUACCCCGAAGAAAUUCAGGUUGUUAAACCACUUCAAAGUACCUCAUUUCUUACAAAUAGGAGAUUUUCUCAUGAAAAUAGACAUUUCUCAGGCAUAUUUUCACAUCCCAAUAACCAAUCGUCAUCGAAGAUUCCUGUCAAUAGUUCACCAAAGCAAGAUUCUACAAUUUACAUGCCUACCGUUUGGUCUAUCAACGGCACCUCUAACCUUCGCAAGAGUGUCAAAUUGGAUAGCAUCACGAUUAAGACAGAUGAACAUAAGAGUUAUUGUAUACCUCGACGACUUCUUGCUUGCCAACAAGAUCCAGUGAAAGUGCAAAACGACGCCAAAAUGACAGUACAGUUUCUUGUCAAACUAGGUUGGAUAAUCAAUGUGGAGAAAUCUCUACAGAGCCGAGCGAAUCGAGUAUCUAGGAAUAGAAUGGGACACAAUCCGCAAUACAAAAGCGCUCCCGAAAAAGAAAAUAUUUUCCGUGAGAAAAGAUCUCAACAAGAUCCUAACAAGUCAAAGAUGGAGUUGGCAAUCCGCAAAAAGCCUGCUAGGAAAACUAAACUUUGCUUCCUUUGUAAUACCCUUGGGAAGACUUCACUCCAGGGAGAUACAAAGAUUAGCCAACAUUUUGCCAGAAGGGUUAGCCCGGAAGAAGUUUCCCACUCCAAGAAAAGCAUUCCAACAAUGCCAGUGGUGGACUCAAAAACUGGAAGAGAAAGACAAUACUCUUUUCAGGUCCUCCGAAACCAUUUUCAUUACAUCAGAUGCCUCAGACAAAGGAUGGGGAGCGCAGAUAAACGAAAAGCACAUCAGCGGUAUCUGGAACAUUUGCCAAUCUCGGUGGCAUAUCAACAAGAAAGAACUAUUUGCAGUAAUUCUAGCAAUUCAUUCCGAGAAAGAUUCAAUAAAAAACAAAAGAGUUGUCAUACAAUCGAACCGUAA